CGGCCGGACACGGUCGUGGUGGGGUCGUUGGACGACGCAGAGGGGUGGUGGGGGAGGGGGGCCGGGCUACCGGGCGCGAAUGCCAUGGAAUCGGUGGUGGGAUGGCCAGACGCGUCGACGUUGGGGGCGGCGUUGGCACUGGCGAACGCGUUGAUUCAAGAACAGACUGCGCCUGCAAAAGCGGGCGCGUUGUUUCUUGGGGACGACGCAGUGGAGUGGUGGGGGAGGGAGGUGGGGUCGGCUGGCGCGGUUGGGCAGAAACCGUUCGCGUCAUUUCCUGGUGUCGACGCGACGCUGGAGGGAGGGGAGCCGGGCUGGGAGGGCGUACUGGGCUGGGCUGGGUCGUUUGGGUUCGGAUCGGGUGGGGGGAAUGGCCCAGCGGCGCAGCGAGUGCCUUCUGUGCGCGUUCCAGAUGUAAAAGAAAAUCAGUAAAUUUUGUUUUUAAAAUAUUCCAAGUCGCAGUGAAAGUACGCAGCUCAGAGCCCUCUUCCAAGGCCCACCAAAUGUCCCCCAGUGGGUCCACCUCGAACUUCGCUGGCAUAACUCCAAACUCGGACGCGAGUUGUCGUCGCCAAUUGAGUACGGCGCUUAUUAGUGAUGCGACAGGCGAUGGACUGCCUUGAAAGGUCGUGGAAAAACUCGACCCCCACUGUAUCUGGGGUCAAUUUCCUCCAAUCCGCCAGGAGGGUCUAAAGUGAAGCUGCCGGCUGUGGGCAUGACCCGGCUGACAAGGUCGAUUUAUAGUGGUUCCAAAAGCAUCCAAUCCCCUCCCACCUCUGAUGCGGAGCGGUUUAACACUCGAAGCAAGCUCUCGCCGUAGCCAUGUCAGAUUGACAUGGCUGGAGGGCUGCUACAGUGCUAAUCCUCUGAAUCAUGAGGGGGAGUCAAGGGGGCAGUCUGCUGCAUCCAGGACAAGGGAAUCCCCUUUUUAUAGGCAAGUCAGACAGAGAAUCGUGCAGCUUUUCCCAGGGUUCUCCCUUGCCCAUUGUGACAGCGGUUCUGCACAUGAAAAGUGGUCAUUGAGGGCCCUAACCAGAGCGGGGGGCAUGUGGUAUUU